AUGCUGCGCCACAUCGCCAUUGUCGCCCUUGCGGCGCUACUCUCACUGCCUCCCUCGGCCUCGCAAUCCAUUGAUUCCAAUGCUGUGCUUGAAGCCAUCAAGGAUCAUUUGCAUCCCAUCUGCACCUCUCAUGGUGUCAGCGUGAUUGACAACGCAACCAAUACCAAGACGUGCCUGUGCGACAGCAGCUACGCGGGUGACUCUUGCGACGAGUUCGUGGGCGUGGGCAUACUGCGCUGUGCGCUGGCGGGUGAUGUGCCCCUGCUUCUCACCGUGCUUGAAGGCGUGACGACGCUCCGUGGCGACCUUGUCAUGUCGGAUGGCUGCGUGACGGCUGAUGCCAUCACCGCCGUGGGCAAGCUCACCAAGAUCGAUGGCAACGCUUUCAUCUAUGACCCGACCACACCGACCCAGCUUGCCACGGACUGGCCCGAAAAUCAUUGGGAAACUGUGACCGGCUGCAUCGCCCUGGCCAAUCUGCCCGAAGCCGGCCUUGUUGGACGCACGCUCUUCCCUGAUCUCACUGAGCUUGGUGCUUGUUCACUCGACGAGGUGGAGAGCAAACUGCCCUCGGCCUACUGGGACACGUUUGUCAAUCGAACCAUCCCGCCUCAAAUCUCGAUGAUGCUCAACCACAUUGGAGCGGACCACGAGGCCUGUGUCAGCGGCUGUGACAACAUUUCCCUUGCUUCUAAGCUGCGCACGAUGCCCGGUGCCCUACUGCUAGAUGACCUGCCCGCCCGAGACCUCAACGAAGGUCUCCUGGAACACGUGGGCGGCCUGCACGUCCGCAACUGCCCCCAUGUUGAAAUCUUGGGCACGUCCCAUCUGGCGACCAUUGGCGAGCACGGCCUGCUCCUUCGUGAAACCGGCCUGAAGAACCUUGACGACCUGGCAGGGGUUCAAGUUGUUCGACUUGGCUUUGUGGAUAUCACAAGCAACGACCACCUGGAGAAUGUGCUGGGCUUCAACCCGACUGUUGUCGAGCGCAGCGGCACGGUCAGCACCUCUGUUGAAUUUCAGCUCGUAUGCCAGAACGGCUAUCAUUCAGGCUUUCCCGAGACCGAGUGUACUUGCGCCUCGCCCGAGUACUCGGGCAAGCUGUGCGACACCAUCACCGGUGACUUUUUCUGCAUGGACUUUGCCCAAGCCGAGACCCUCAACCAGACCCUAGCCAACGUGCGCCACGUGAUUGGUAACAUUCAUCUGACUGACACGUGCAUGGAGAUGUCGUUCCUCAACUUCCCCUACCUCACGAGCAUUGAAGGCAGCCUCAUUGUCAACUCCUUUGGCAUGCCCAUUGUCGAGCCAGGCUUUCCGAGUUUGAAGUCUGUCUCGACCGUGCACAUCGAGUCUGUACCCGCAACCAGCAUCGAUUGGCUGCCCGAGCUCGAGACGGUGGGCUCGCUGAGCAUCCAGAACAACGACCAGCUUACCAACCUGUCGGGACUCGCCGCGCUGACCACCAUCGACGAGGCACUCGAGAUCUUUGCGUGCCCUGCGAUGACCUCGUUUACCGGCCUCGAGAAUGUGGCGCGCAUUGGUUCGCUCUCCAUCGUCUCCUCAAAUUCGUUAACCAACUUUUCAGCCCUCAACGGUGCCGAGCCGGUGCUUCUGCUCGGUCAGAACUCUGCACCAGCUCUGAGCAUUGAUGCGUGCGCAGAUUGCGAAGCUCUUUGGUCGCACUUGGUGGAGACGGUCGAGAUUGCUGACGGCGCCAGUGUCAGCGUGCCGUGGUCUACCUGUGGCGGCUUUGGCACGGUGCCGGCUGGUAGCCUGUCUUGCGCCUGUAACCCAGGCUACACAGACUACAUGUGCACCGGCUACAACGGCGAUGACUUGAUCUGCAACGUGUCGACCGCCAGUGACAUCAAGGCAAUGCUUGCUGGCGUCACCCACCUCUACAGCCCUCUAGUCCUUCUCCUUUAUUGUGGCGCUGGCUCCAGCUAUGGACUUUUGGACACGGUGACAUACGCAGCCGCUCUCUACUUUGAAGAUGCCAUCGAUUAUCAGGGCCAGAUCCCGGCGGGACUGGGCUAUGUGAGCAUCUUUGAGACGCAAUUAUCUGACAUGUCGCUCUUUGGCGCAGUCACGCACAUUGACAGCCUGGAGAUUAACAGCAACGAAUACAUGACCACUUUGGAUGGCCUCGAGAGCCUGGAGACAGCGGGCCAGCUCGUGGUUUACAACAAUCCCACGCUGACCAACGUGGAUGCGCUCGGCAGCCUCCUCAGCGUCACCGGCGACCUCAUCAUCGUCAACAACGAUGUGGACGUCAACGCCAUCGCCUUUGACGUCAACGCCAUCUCCACCAACACCACCCUAGUCACCGGCUAA